AUGAACGCUGCAACUAAGGUGCUCCUCCUCCCCGAGUUGCUGGAGGAAAUUCUGCUCUAUCAGAAGGAUUACCGGUUUCUCUUCCUUGCUCAACGCGUGUGUUCGCAAUGGCAAGCCGUUAUCAUGCAGUCCCAUAAAAUUCGACAAGUCCUAUGGCUAGUUCCCAGGGAGCAUGAAAAGCCACGUAUCAAUCCUUUUUUUGUGACUCAAUUUUGCAACUGGAAAGGACCUCCGCAUCUAACGCGAGUACCUUCUACCCAUCAGAUCUCCCUGAAAGAAUGGUUCAUCGAUAAACGGCGUCGAACAGCCAUGUUUCAUCCGCAAGCAUCCUGGAGACGAACGCUCCUCGCAAAUAUCCCGUGUGUGUUAUCUGUCAAACUCACAGGUCCAGCCAAGCGUGCAUCCUACACUUGGAAGAGUAAGAAGACCAGUGGUCAGAGGACCUCCAGCAGUAACAACAACAACGGGAUGACAAUGGGAGAAUUCAUUGACUACUCGGUAGCGUUUAGUUGCCGCUUCAAAAUCCCGCGCUGGCACUUGGAAAAUAAUCUGCCGAGUGCGUACCGCGACGGUAAUGGGGACAAAUGCUCCUGGGACCUUACCAUUCACGGGCAUGCCGAUACGUAUGGAAUGACACCAAAUUUAUGGGGCGUCAAGACCGGUAGACCAGCCUGGAAGAUCUCAUUAACAUGGAGGAUCUGA